UUCUCUCUUCCCCCGUCCGAGAACGCCAUGGGCAAGAAAACGAAAACUCAGAAGCCGCUCAAAGCAAACCCCAACCUCGACCCAACUCCUCAACAGUCCAUUUCAAGCUGUUAUGAAGGAGACAAGCUUGAUGAUCUCCUAAACAAUCUCCGCGGGAGUAUAGAGUUAGCAAAAGCUUCGAAAGGGGAGCAACUGCCAGAUAAAAUUUGGAUGAAGCAACAAUUUGCGAUCGGGGUUAAUGAUGUCACCAGGGUGCUCGAGAGAAUGUCUGAGAGACAGAUGGGAAUUAAAUUGGCUGUCGACUGGUUGGUGGAGGUGAUGGAAAGAAGUAAAAGAACAGAACUGCUUAGGGUACGUACAGGUGCAUACGGAAACAUUUGCCCUUCCCCUCUCUCUCUCCCCACGUCCGAAAACGCCAUGGGCAAGAAAAAAACUCAGAAGCCGCUCAAAGCAAACCCCAACCUCGACCCAACUCCUCAACAGUCCAUUUCAAGCUGUUAUGAAGGAGACAAGCUUGAUGAUCUCCUAAACAAUCUCCGCGGGAGUAUAGAGUUAGCAAAAGCUUCGAAAGGGGAGCAACUGCCUGAUAAAAUUUGGAUGAAGCAACAAUUUGCGAUCGGGGUUAAUGAUGUCACCAGGGUGCUCGAGAGAAUGUCUGAAGGACAAAAUUUUGCUGAUAAUGAUGGCGUUAAAAGACCUCUUAGAAGAGCUCCAUUGGUUCCGCUUCAGGCUAUCCUUUUAGCUUCGGAUUGCAACCCUCGGUCACUGACAAAGCAUAUACCUAACCUGGCAUCCUCAAGAAAUGUCCCCAUAAUCUCUAUCAAAGAUAACAAAAGAGGGUCCAUAAGGUUAGGUGAAUUGGUGAACCUAAAAACAGCUAUGGCUAUUGGAGUAAAGCUCAGAGGAAGCAAUAUCAACACAGCAGUAAAUGAACAUAUCUGAUACCCUUGUUAGUGUAGAGGGGGAGGUCACCUGUCCACUGCAUAACUGGUGUAACUUAUCAGAAUUUGAUUUUUGGAUAGGUGAGAGGUAUGCAACUUAUUAAUUUUGGGAAGAAAACAUAGUCGCACUAGUUGUUUCUAUGUUUACUGGUUACUAUAAAUAUUGAGGGUUGGGUAAUGUGAUUGUUUUUGCUGUGAUA